AGAUGAUCAUCUGUGCGAAAUUGGAGCAACAUUAAAGAGUGAGACGAAAGGUGUCUUGGCUGAUCAUCACACAUCUGUAACCUCUGAAGUUCUUCUACACCAACAAUGGAGAUGAUCCUGAAUCAUUUAACACCUUCAAGGAAGUCUCUGCUGUUUGCCUUCAUCGCAGUAUGGCUUUUCGUUUCCAUUUCCUCCGAUGAAGAUUACUACAAGCUUUUGGGUAUCUCGAGAGAAGCUAGCACACGUGACAUCCGACAGGCGUUCAAAAAGCUCGCUCUCACGAUGCAUCCAGACAAAAACCCUAAUGAUGAAACAGCCCACGACAAGUUCUUGAAGAUCAAUCGGGCCUACGAGGUGUUGAAGGAUGAGGACUUGAGGAAGAAAUAUGAUAAAUAUGGAGAGAAGGGUCUGCAAGAUGAACAGCAGGGAGGAAGAUAUGAAAGCUGGAAUUAUUACAGAUAUGAUUUUGGAAUUUAUGACGAUGAUCCAGAAAUUACCACCUUAGACAGAGGAGAUUUUGAUGCAGCUGUAAAUUCUGGGGAGGUCUGGUUCGUGAAUUUCUAUUUCCCACGCUGCUCACACUGUCACGAUCUUGCCCCUACGUGGCGGGAGUUUGCUAAGGAAAUGGACGGUGUGAUUCGGAUAGGUGCUGUGAACUGUGGUGAUAAUGGCAUGUUGUGCCGCAGUAAAGGCAUCAACAGUUACCCCAGCCUCUAUGUGUUCAGAGCAGGAAUGAAUCCUGAGAAAUACUUCAAUGACAGAACAAAAUCAAGCCUUACCAAAUUUGCAAUGCAGUUUGUGAAGAGUAAAGUGACGGAACUAUGGCAAGGCAACAUUUAUAGUGAGAUUGAGCGAGCAUUUGCUGAAAGAAUCGGCUGGUUGAUAACUUUUUGUGCAGACACUGGAGACUGUUUGGAAUCACAGACAAGACGGAAGCUAGCAGGAAUGUUGGACGGUUUAGUUAAUGUAGGAUGGAUGGACUGCACCAAACAGGCGGAUCUGUGUGAGAGCUUUGAAAUCAAUACCAGCACUACAGCCCUCUUCCCUCCAGGCAGUUCUCUCACUCAGAAAGGCAGUGUAUUGUUUAUUCAGAGUUUGGAUACUAAAGAAAUAUAUGCACAAGUUCUGCAGCAUCUUCCUGACCUGGAGAUUCUCACAAAGAGCAGUUUUGAGCAUAAAUUGGCCCAUCACCGAUGGCUUGUCAGUUUUUCUUUUGGACGCAACGAUUUGGCUUCACACGAGUAUAAAAAACUCAACGCUCUUCUGAAGAACUCGCAUAUACAGGUGGGGAAAGUGGACUGCAUCUCAGAUUCUGAGCUGUGUUCUUCUCUGUACAUACAUAAGCCCUGCGUGGCGGUUUUUAAAGGAGUCGGAAUUCAUGAUUUUGAGAUCCACCAUGGUAAGGAUGCUCUGUACAACGUAGUGGCCUUUGCCAAAGAGAGCGUGAAUGCCCACGUCACCACACUGAGGCCUGAGAACUUCCCCAAUCAUGAGAAGGAGCCCUGGCUGGUUGAUUUCUUUGCUCCUUGGUGUCCGCCAUGCCGAGCUCUCCUCCCAGAGCUGAGGAAAGCCUCAAUCCAGCUCUUCGGACAGCUGAAGUUUGGGACUCUGGACUGUACCAUUCACGAAGGCCUCUGCAAUACGUACAACAUUCACGCAUAUCCAACAACUGUAAUCUUCAACAAGUCCAGCAUCCAUGAAUAUGAGGGCCAUCACUCUGCAGACGGCAUCCUGGAGUUUAUAGAGGACCUGGUGAACCCUGUGGUUGUGACUUUGGGCCCAGAGUCCUUCCAGGAGCUAGUGAAGAGACGCAAGUCCUCAGAGACAUGGAUGGUGGACUUCUACGCCCCGUGGUGUGGCCCCUGUCAGGCCCUGCUGCCCGAGUGGAGGAGAAUGGCACGGAUGCUGAGUGGGAUUGUAAACGUGGGAACAGUCGACUGUCAGAAACACCACUCAUUCUGCCAGAGCGAGAGCGUCAGAGCUUACCCAGAAAUCCGUCUUUUCCCUCAGAACAGCAACCGCAGAGACCAGUAUCAGACCUAUAAUGGAUGGCACCGAGAUGCAUUUUCACUCAAGGCUUGGGCCUUAAGCUCACUGCCUCGUGCCUCAGUGGAUCUGUCACCUGAGGAUUUUAAGAGGAAAGUUUUGGGAGGAAAAGAUCAUUGGGUGUUGGAUUUCUAUGCCCCGUGGUGCGGUCCAUGCCAGCAGUUUGCCCCUGAGUUUGAAGUUCUUGCCAGGAUGAUGAAGGGAACUGUACGAGCGGGAAAAGUGGACUGCCAGGCACACUAUCAGACCUGCCAGAGUGCUGGGAUCAAGGCUUACCCCACUGUCCGAUUCUACCCCACCUUGGGCACCACAAGGCGAGAUCAAGGAGGAGAGCAUAUUAACAGCAGAGACGCCACCGUCAUUGCAGACAUUCUUCGACAGAGACUCCAGCAGCUAGCAUUACAGGGAAAGUCCAAACUUAAAGAUGAACUUUAGGACCCCUUUUGGAUCUGCAGAUGCUGUUGCAUGUGGAGCAGUGACAGUGAUGGGAGAAAACGCACACUUAUGGACUCAUUUUGAUGAGAGAUUUGAGUUUGUUUACUGCCAAAUGGACUGUGGAAAGCAGACUCGCCUCGGCUGCUUCGGAGAGGGAAUAAAUCAGGACUCAACUAGAACCUCUGAAUGUGUUACUGAUGCAAGAAGAGGUGGUCAACAGUGCAAUUAUUUAUCUGUAAUCUGUGAAUGUCCUGUCAACUAGUGUCUUCAUUUCUAAACACAAACUGUGUUUAUGACUGUAAUGUGUUUUUCGCAGCUGCUCCGUUACGGGUUUCUGUGAUUAAACGGUCAAUUUUGAA